UUCAAAAAUGGAUUUGAGACAACAGUUUCAAUAUUGCUCUUUUUGCAAAAUAAGCCACAAACAGAAGAAGAAACAUGUAUAUUCCAAGAAGCACCAAUCAAUAAUUAUGAGAAUUCUUCAAAAGUUUUCUGGAAAGGUGAAAUUUGCUAAAACUACAUUAGACAGUCCCGAUAUACAAGACUCUGGUUAUGAGGUUGGUGCAAAGUUUUGGUGUUAUUUCUGUGUGGAUGAAUUUGACAAACAUCUACAGCUAGAUGUGUUUAUGGUGAAAUUUGGAGGAUUGUUGGAACACAUUGCGCUAGAUACCCACAGAACAUCUGUUUACAUGUUUCUACGACAACAUAGAUUAGAUGAAGAGAAGCAACAAGCUGUACAGUUUUUACUGUCACAAGAUGCUCUAAUAAAAUUUAAAGAAACUACAGUUUUGAAGUUAAGAAAGUAUGAAGAAAGAAAAAGACAAACUCUUAAAAUGGAAUCUAAACACAUAGAAGAGGAAGAUAACAGAAGGAGAAUGAUGUGCCAUGAAUUCAUGUCUGAGCCACAGUUAGACAGAAACAAUAAAACAAGCUCUAGAAGUAAUGAACCCAGAAGUGUUCCAAAUGUCCAGAGGAAGGCAACUUUGUCAGCACAUGGUGAUGGACUGACUUUUAUUGGAACUUCAAAUUUAGGGGAAGCUGAAGACAAUGUUCAUACAGAUGCUCUACCACCAUGGCUUCAAGGAGAGGGAGACACACAUAACAGAAGUGAAAUUGGUCCUACCAUAGAGGAUUAUAAUAAACAUUUAGAAAAAGAGAAAACCAGAAAAUUACCAGCAGGUAGAGUAGGUGCCAAGUUUGACCGAUCUGGUUCUUUAUCAUCACAGUGGUUACCAUCAUUUGGGAGAGUAUGGAAUACAGGGAGGAGACAACAAUCUGAGAUAUUCUUCAGGAAAGAAUUAGGCAUGUCAAACACCACAACUGAUAUACACAACAAGUACGAUGUCAGUGACGAGAAGACUGUUAAUAACACUGAAUUAUCAGUUAACAUUAGACCAUAUGUAAAGAAGAAACGAGUUUGUGAAACAGUCACAAGCAAUGAAACAGAGAGACAAUCAAGUUCUGAAUUACAACAUCUUCACCAUUCUUAUCAAAAUACAAGCAAUGAAAUGGAGAGACAGUCGAGUUAUGAUCUACAAAAUCAUCACUAUUCUUAUCAGGCUACAGGGACACAUAUCCAACCAUACGUGAGAUCCAAUGGAACUAUGAACAAUUUACCUUAUAAUAAUUAUAAUAUGCCAAACAUACAGAACAUUCAAAAUUCAGGACAGGUUUAUAAUACUUUAGGUCAAGGUGUACCUUUGUAUGGAGUAAAUAAUGAACAUGAAUUUUACAACUUGAUAGAACAGAAUAGAACUGAUAUACCAAUUAACUACGAAACAACAACUAAUGGUAGACAGCCUUCAAGUACUGCAUCAAUGCCAUAUACUCAGUGAAAAAUAUGUCGUCAUAUUAUAAACAUUGUAUACUUAAUUAUGCUGUAUUUGUUAACAGAAUUGAAAUCACAGGAAAUAAAACAUCUAUUUCACUUCA